CCAUAGAGCUGUAAAAGGGGGAUAAAUAAGUGUGGGACCCCUGAAAGCUGAAAGAAGACAAGCACAGUCUAAAAGCUCACGGUUCGAGGGAAUCAGCCAGAUCAGCUCCACAAUGCAGGCUCUUAUUUCUUCUGUCCUGCUUUUGGCAUCGAUUCUGAAGAUAUGCACCAGCUCAGAAUCAAAUUGGUGCUACCAAACCCAGGUAUGUGAUUCAGGCUGCAAAGGACCAGAUGUGUGGCAUGAGGUAAAUGAUGAAUGCAGCAAAAGCAGACAGUCUCCUAUUAACAUUGUGACCAAGAAAACAAAGCUGAACCAUCUUCUCACACCACUCAAAUUCACCGGCUACCAGGAGGUUUUCCGCAGCACACUGAAAAACAACGGACACUCUGUGACUAUAACUGUGCCUCAUGUGGCCACAGUAAGCGAAGGGAAUCUAUUGAACACCUACAGAGCAGUGCAGUUUCAUUUCCACUGGGGAGAAAAUGGCGGCCCCGGCUCCGAACACACUGUUGAUGGAGAGCAGUAUCCCAUGGAGAUGCAUAUUGUGCAUAUGAGACAGGAUUUCAAGACUCUGGAUGCAGCACUGGGAGACCCAACUGGAGUAGCAGUGCUGGGAUUCUUCUAUGAGGAAUCAGCCAGUUCAAACCGAAAGUAUGAUGGAUUCAUAGAAGCUCUAAAAAAUGUGGUCGAAUCAGGUUCAAACACGACCAUUGAUGGUAUCUCCCUCAGCAACCUCAUACCCUCUGAGGGAAACAUGACCAAUUACUACCGUUACAGUGGCUCUCUGACCACCCCUUCCUGCACUGAGGCAGUAGUAUGGACUGUGUUUGAAAAUCCCAUCCCACUCAGCCAUGACCAACUGUCAGCGUUCUCCAAGUUAAAGUUCCAUGGCGGAAAGUCCAUGGUGAAAACGUUCAGACCUGUGCAGCCACGCAAGGGCCGCGUGGUUUACCGCUCUGGCAGCUCGGUGCUGUUGGCCAGCUUCACUCUCCUCCUGCUGUGUGUUACCUCAGCCCUGGGCCUGUCCCAGUUCAACUAGAGUGGGCCGAAGCACCAGUCAAGCCACAGCCCUUAUCACCACGCAUGAACACAGCGAGUUUUCAUCCAAUCAAAACGCCAAUCAAACAAGCGCCAAACGGAAGAAGCAGUCAACAGCCAAUUCCCUUUUUUUUUUUCAGAGAUCACAGCAAAUGCACUUUGAUGUUUUUUGUUAUGUUGUGUUUUUGGGUCUUCCUCUCGGAGGUGAGACUUCUCCAUUUCCAAACAGGAAAACAAACGAUGCGUGACGGGGUGGUAUUCUGCAUGGCUUGACUGGAAAAAGGAACUGCGUUCAAAAGCUAUCAAUAGAAACCCAGCCAGGUCCCCCCUGCGGAGUGCUGGAGAGGUUAGAAAUGCAUGGCCUUUAUCUUUCUGAGGCACAGCCAAGUAAAGAGGACACACACACACACCCAUACACAUACACACACCCAUACACAUUGGUCGACAUGUGCCCAUUCUUCCAUCAUGCAGCUAUAUUUAUAGCACAGAGACCUUUUUCAGCGUACAAUUUACAACACACACACACACACACAAACUGAGCUAAAGAAUGAUGAACACCUUACCAGGCUGUUCUGAAUUUUAGUGUCUUCUCUGAACCCGAGUGUCAAGGACAGUAUAAUGCUACAGAGGUCAGUGGUCAAGCAUGAGGUCAUGAGGUGCACUGCCGAGAAUAGAUCUUGGCAUUGACACGAACAGCAUUAAUUUUAAAAUAGCACACACACACUUUUUGUGUUUUUAUAAAUAAAUAAGUACAGUACUGUGCAAAAUUUAUUGAGGCCACCUUCAUAUAGUUCAUUGUUUCAUUUACAGUCAAAAUUGUCAUGAAGGGUUAGUAAUUAAAUUUUUAGCUUCAGAAAUCCCAACACCUUAAUACUGUAUUACACUGAUAUGCAAAAUGUCUCCCAUAAUUUUACCAUAUACCUUCAACAGUGUGGAGCCUCCUGCACUAAAUGUAGAUGCGAUUUCUACCACAAAUUCUAUUGGUCACAAUCAUUACCACCCACUGUGGUAAUGCUGUCCACUGUAGGUGGUAAUGUUCUGUAUGUCCUGUUCUUGUCAUACUAAUGACAUUAUGCAUCCAGGAAUGUCCCAUUCACCAGUUUUAGUGUCCAAUAAUCAAUCCUUGCUCAAAUUUGCACAAAAAUUCAUGUUGCCUUGCCAUGAGUACACAGGCCUGUGUUUAGCCUCACUCUCAACUCAUACAGGUAACACUAUACUUAUAAGGUAACACUAAAUGGUCAAUUUUCAUAUCAGUGUAUAUCAUAAGUUGGAACUUGUUCCGCAUCUCACAGUCUGGGUCAUUAUAAUAACAUUCAGUGAUCUUGAUGUCCGGAAUCACGGGCUGUGACCGAAAUGGCUCCCUACUCCCUCAUUAGUGUUGCGCUAUGUAGGGAGAUACUAAUAAGUUCACUAAUUAGUGGUAAAACGGGAGUGAAUUCGGACACUAACUCAUGAUUAUCAUGCGCCAGCACCGGUCGCAUAAACACACACAGGUGAGAGAGGUGCUGAACCGUGUUUAAAACUCCAUAAACACACUGAACUGAGCUCUGAAUUAAAGUUAGUGAAGCUCUGAGCUGAUCAUGAAGUUAUUUAUCUGUUUGUUAUUUUUACGCUGUUUAGAAGAUGAUCCUCACAUUACUGAACUACAUGAAGAAAACCUUAAAAAUAGCAGCGUACACCGGCUCGCACUGUUGCCAGAUUGGGUGGUUUCAUGCCAAACGUCGAAUUGUGUCUGAAAUUGUUUGGAGGAAACGCUGUGAUUUGACAGGUGAACAAAACUACCAAGUGUAAAGAGUUGGGAAAUUUAACUCAUCGGUGUUGCAGUUAGAUAUCUAACCCUGCAGAGUCGGAGCUUUUAGUCCUGAUGAUGGAAAUUUGAAGCUGUGUUUAUGUUCGUUAUUAUAUGUGAGUAAGUUAUUUCUUUCUUUCAUUGCUUGCAAGGUUGUUUUUAUGUACUGUUUUUAAGUUUUUGUUUCGUGUGUCCAAUGAUACAAGGCACAAAACACAUAAUACAAAUAUGCAGAUAAACUCAUUUAAAUAUAUUUAUUUGUAAUCAAAUCAAAUCAAAUUUAUUUGUAUAGCGCUUUUUACAACUGGUGUUGGCACAAAGCAGCUUUACAGAAACAUGAUUACAGGACAAAGAAUCAGGCAAAACAUUAAACAUAGAAUAUACAUAAUACAGAACCCCCAGUGAGUGCAGUGAUAUUUAAGAUAUUUGUGGUAUUUUGUGGUAUAUUUAAGAUAUUUGUGGUAUUUUAGUUAAGAUCAUGUUGGAAUAAACCCUGUAAUAUUGUUAAUAUGACGAACAUCAGCUGUUUGGGUGGUUUUGUCAGUAAUUUUGUGGAUUUGAAACACGUUUUACCCUGUAAAUUGGUUUUAUCUGAAUCCCACUGUAACAAUCUGGCAACCCUGGUGGCUCGCUGUCCGCUCCGUUUCUUCGGCUGUCUGUUGCUUAGUUGCGAGACCCGCAAAGCAUUUUGGGACACAUUCAGCUCGCUUAGUAAGCAGCGAAGUUUACUAUAAAUCAUGAUGCAUUAUGGGAGUUUUUAGUGCCCUCAAAAUCACGUUCGAAUCCCUCCGUAUGAUUCGGACACUCAAAGAAAAAUGGCUGACAUACUCAAUAGUGCCCUAACUAGUAAAUAGGGAGCCAUUUCGGUCACAGCCUUGGUCAGCUUGUGUUCCUCAGUACAAGCUUCCUGAUCAGCUUUUUUUUUUUGAUCAGUCAUUAUGAUAAAUUGCUAUAUUAAGCAAUAUAUCAUAAUUUUAGUUUAAAGGUAAAUUUAAAGGUUACACAUUUACUCUCUGUACAUUCUUUUUUGAAACAUGGUGGGCUGGCCCAGGUCAUUAAAUCUGGACCAUGAAUCUAAUUGCAACUGGAUUUUGUUAUUGCUGGAGGUUAAGGGAACAGUUAAUGUCAUUUUUUGGGCGUGUAUUGUCGCACCUACCAAGGACCAUACAGUCUAGGACUUUAAAAAAAUGGAUUCAAGACCCAGAUGUAAAGACCUAGAUAUUUUUUGGUAAUCUCACAGUCCAGUUUCACCCAAAAGAGCUCUUUGUGAGAUAAAUAAAUGAAAUAGAAUAAAGUAUAAAAUAGGAAUAAAAUAGAUAACAAGAUAAAUACACAUAAUUUAAAAAGAGAGUAAGUAAGGAAGUAGCAGCAACAUCCCAACAAAUAUCCCAUUCUUCUAAAUGCUUUUUUAAAAUGCUGUUUUAACUGAAUAUUACAUUUUGUAAUGGGUGGUCUCAAAUUUGUGUUCAGUACUGUACAUAUAAUAAAAUAAGGAGAUACAUAUGUAUAUAUUAAUAGUUACUAGAUCUGCAUUGUAGGUCAAAGACAAUGUGAUGUGCAGUGUUAGACCAUGAGACCUACAAUGGCGCUAACAAGGAGAAAUGUAUUUUUUAUUAAAAUUCCUAACAGCACAAGCAUGCUCUCUAUCUGUUCUCUCAUAGCUGGGCUUCCAGGAAUCUAGACUGUAUUGCUAAGCAUCAAAAUCCUUAUUAGUCUGUCUGUGAAACAGCUACAGUUAGUACAGUUCUUCUCAUCUAAUCAAAAUGCUUUUCUAUAUUCUGAGUGAUGUGGAUGAUUCGUUCAUUUGACCAGGAGCACAUGACCCGUGUUCACGCUCUGCUUUCUUUGGACUCUUUGGAUGCUCUGAGAAUGUGAAUUUACUGUGAGUCUGCUGCCCGUAUGUUCAUUUCAUAGCUAGCAGAGACUUGGGCAAAGAAGACCAAAACAGGUAUAACUUACAAAGACGCACACUAUUAAUAUUAUCUUUUUUUUUUAAAUAAGUAUUUUGCCUUUUUGUGCACGUUUAUUGUACUGUAUUGUUUAUUGUAUGUCCAUAUGUAUUUGAGCCACUAUGUCUUCUGUUAUUUGUACUGAUAUUUAAACUGGUCUUGGAUGCAAUGCACUAUAGUAUAGUACUGGAUGUUGCAUUCCAUGAGAUUUGAAGAAAAUGGGAAAUGUGAUCUGGGUUUUCUGAUUGACUUCACAGAAGAUUAAUUUGCUGUAAACAUGUAUCAAAUAUAAACAUAUAUUUUUGUUUCUUUAUCAGCGGAAUGUGAUGCUGUUUAUGCAGGUGACACUAUGUGAUUACAAAUGCUAUACAGAAUGUGUUCCAAUACAGUAAUAAACUACUGAAUUAUGUUUUUA